AUGCACUCCGCACCAUUAGCAACGAUCAGCCUUGCCGCAAACAUUCUUCAAUUCAUCGAUUGGGUGUCUGAGGCUAUCCAAGUCGCCGAAGAUGUGCGUGAUAAAGGAACUGGCAGCGCAUUUGCGAUCAGUGUUUACGACGCUUCUGAAGUCCUUAGGUACCAAAUCUCUCGUCUAGUCGUCAAUGAUCGUAUAUCAUGCGACACAAAGUCUGACUACACUGCUCGCAAAAUUGCAACCGAGUGUAGCAAGCUAGCACAAAAACUGUUGAAUUUUGCCGAGACGCUACAAGUCAAGGAAGAAGACAGCUCAUUCAGCGAGCAAGAAUGCCUGAUGACAGGAAUGCCCAAGAAGUGGGAGAAGUUUCAGCGAAAGUACCUUUCUGCUAAGAAGACUCUGAAUAAGGAAGGCACAACUUUUGCCAAAGCUCUCCGCUUUAUGUGGAACAAAAAGACCAUCAGUCUAUUGAUUGAGCAGAUCGAUAACUAUCGAAAGCUUAUGUGCUCCGAGGUCUUAAUGGGGAUUAGGGAGUCAGUCGCUGAAACUAUUGAGACCAUGCACAGAAUCUCACAUGACCAGGUUGCUGGUCACCACCAAAGUGCCAUUGCUCAAAAGGAGAGUGAGAAUACACUGCUUGACGCAAUUGAGUCUCAUAGCGACGAGCUCUGUCAGCAACUGGCCGCGCUCGAGCAAUCUUCGCGAGAUCGGGAAAUGAAAAUUCUUAGCGCUAUACAAACGUUCGUGAAAACGGUGGAAAAGGGAGGGUCGUAUCCGGUGCUCCCAGUCGCCGUUAUGGGUUACGAUCCGUCGAUUAGUUCAAAUGCCCACAACAAGGGUAGACUCAUUGAAUCAUCUGUGUUGUCACAACUUCAGUUCCGGAGAAUGCACGCGAGAGAGGCUGAAGUGAAGGACGCAUACGCGAAGACAUGCUCUUGGAUCUUUGAGCAAACAGAAUUCUCUGAAUGGCUAGAGGAAGGCCAAGGAAUCUACUGGAUUAGUGGAAAAGCUGGAUGCGGAAAAUCUACGUUGAUGAAGUUGGUGGUGGGUGACCCAAGGACACUGAUAGCCUUGCGAAGAUGGUGCGCUCAAUCCUCCCUCCACGUUGAAUCCUACUUCUUUUGGUUUGGGGGAAGUGAGCUACAGAAGAAUCAGGAAGGACUACUACGUUCAUUACUCCAUGGCAUCCUAAGCAGAGUUUCAGAGCUCAUCCCACGCGCUUUCCCUGAGAUGUACAAUGCUAUGAUGGCUAGGUUACUCAUCACGAACGAAACUCCAGAAACCUUCUUUCAAUGUGACCAGCCUGGUUUAUCGUCAUCCACACUCCAGGAUUCCACAUAUAGCGACCAAUUGAAUGAAGGCUGCGGGAUACUCACAUUGACUGAGCUGAAGAGCGCGUUGCUCUUUGUUGUCAGCGAGCUGCCAAAAGAUUUAAAGCUCUGCCUGUUCAUCGAUGGACUCGAUGAGUACAGUGGAAACCACCGGGAUAUCAUCGACUUAUUCAGAUUACUUGUUGCUCGUUCUUAUAACGUUAAAGCGGUUGUAUCCUCUCGACCUGAGCCUAUUUUCAUAGAGUCAUUCACGUCAUACCCCCAGAAUCGGAUGGAGGAACUAACCAGUCAAGAUAUUGACCACUACGUGAGAAGCCACCUACUCCAGCACCGGCGCAUGGUGUCACUCAGACUAUGGAAUCAGGAUGGUGUUGAAACGCUCUUCAUGUCCGUUGUAAAGAGGUCUUGCGGGGUUUUCUUAUGGGUUUUCCUUGUAACUCGAGCUCUACUUGACGGUCUGAAUGACGGUAGUAGUCUGAGCGAACUUCAUCAAAUCUCAGAGGACUAUCCAGAUGAACUGCAGAAGGUGUACGAACACAUGCUCGAUCGAAUGACCCCAAGGCAUCGUCUUCACGGGUUGCAAUUGCUCCUCUGCAUAUCGAUUGCGCAAGAUACGGAGGAUAGUCUGCCUUCGCUGCUGCGCCUGUCAUUUAUCAAUCAAGCACCAGAACUUGCCCUCACGGCUAAGCUGCUGCAGAAAUCGCCAGACGAUCUCCAAGACACCCUAGAAAGCAUGGAGAACCGCCUCAGAAACAGGUGCUGCGGACUCAUAGAAGUAGGAAGUUUCAAGGCUUGUGGUGAGAUCAAGUUUCUGCACAGGACUGUCGCCGAGUUCCUCAGAACCAUGGCCACCAUGAUGCGAGAUGAAACGGAAAAGAGCGGCUUCCGACCCUACGUCGCCCUAAUAUCGUCUACGAUCAUGAGCUUCAAAGCAUGGGAGUUUUUUACCAUCUCCCCGGAGGUGUCAUUCGUCGAAGUGUACGGGCCUACUCUUCAAGGAUUCUUCCACCACUGUGGCCACAUGCUCGAGGGCGCUGGCCAGUCCACCGGGCCGGGGGCCUAUAUUUACGAACUUGAUAAGAUACUCACCCAUUUUUGGAACCAUAGAUGCCUAGAGAACAUGCCAGGGAAAACGGCGAGAAGUCACUGGGUGGAUGGUAUAGCGGUGAGCACGGACUGGUUGGGGUAUUACAACGUCACAGGCAGCUAA